UGUUUUUCAAAAAAAAAAAAAAUACUCCAAAACUUUGGGGCAGCUGUAACUCUGGGAAUCUUUUUCUAAGCCAUUUCUGAAAAUCAAGUAUCUAGGUUACAGAUAUAUCUAUUAUUCAAUGAACUUUGUGAGUGGUAAUGAUACCUAUUGCUAAGUUUUUCAACUUCGACGGAAAUGACUCAAACUGUGCACCCCUGCAUUUCAACCUCGACGAAAAUACGACUCAAACUGUGCACCCCCCGCACAUAUUGAUGAAAAUUGUCAACCUCGACAAAAAUUACUCAAACUGUGCGUCCCCAGUAGUAAAAUACAUUCUCAAAAUGAUUUAACAUAGUCGUAUGUAGACGUACCAUAAGUACCUAUCUAUUCAUUUCCAAAUUUAAAACGAAAAAAAAACGAAUUAUCUAAUGACCUUUACACUCUCAACACUAUCAUUGUACACCAAAAUAGUAUAAGAAAUCCGGCAAUUAAGCUAUACCUAAGCUAUACAAAUUAACACGCUUUUCAUCAGUAAUUCGUUUGCCAUCCAACUGGAAAAUUUGUGUGUUCCGUUUACGCAUUAUAGUUUGUUAAUUUUUAUCGUCAAUAAAAUGAAUACUUUUUUAUUCGUCUUGUUACUGGUGGUGAUAUUUAUUGAUUUAAACGAGUGUUACAAUAUUCCAGGAUGGAGUCCAGAAAGUGUACAAUCACGGAUGUGGCCACAUUCGAAGUAUAUUUUUCCUUAUAGAAUACAAUCACCUGUCAAUAUAUCCUUAGCUAACGUAAAGCGUAGAAAAUUAGAUCCUCUGAGGAUACAUUUCCCUUGGCAUUCGUCAAAGGAAAUGAUACGUAUUGAGAACACAGGAUACUACUUGGAAGUUUUACUCCCUCAUGAAGUGGACGAUAGACCAUAUAUGACUGGAGGUCCUUUAAUUGAUGAGAAAUACAUAUUUGAGCAAUUGCACUUUCAUUGGGGCCCACCAGAUCAACGUGGAAGCGAACACUUGCUCGAUGGCAAAGGUUUUCCCACCGAAGUUCAUGUUGUUUUUUAUAACGAAAACUACGGCAGCUUAGAAGAAGCUGUUAAUCAUCCCGAUGGCGUAGCAGUGGUUGCAUUUUUUGGAGAGUUCACCUCAAAAAACGUUGAUAACGCCGAUUUGAAAUAUUUAAUCUCGAAAUUAUCCGAUGUCACUCAACCAGGAACCUCGACAAGAUCUUCAUUCAAGACUGAAUUCCUUUUCAUGAAAGAUAUUUUUCAACAACGUACUUAUUACGCUUUUCCUGGCUCAUUAACGACUCCUCCAUUUUCCGAAUGUGUUACAUGGAUCAUUUGUUCACAACCUUUUCAUAUUUCAAUGAGACAGUUGGAAGCGUUCAGAAGGUUGAGGUCAACAAAUGGUACUUUUUUGAGUACUAAUGUUCGUGAGUUGCAGGAUUUCGCAGGACGACCCUUGAUAACUCCGUUGCGAAAUUCGUCUAUUGAUUAAGAAUUUUGAAUGUGAAGACUAUAGACAAUCAAAAGAUCUCUAUGUACAUAAAUUACUCGAAUAGUCGAGUAGGUAAUUAGAAUUUUUCUUCUGGAUAAAUUAUCUUACGAGUAUGUAUUUGUAAAUCAUUGAGUUUGAAUUUAUUACUUAUAUGGGUUAGUGUGUUUUUUUCAAAUAAACAUGGCUUGCUGUAAACAAAA